CACGUGUGUGUGUGUAGCAGCACGUGCGUGUGUGUGUGAAACUGGACUGCAAAUGAGAUCGGGAUUUGAGAUAUUCUGAACAAGAUCAAUUCGAGAGCAACAAGAUCACGUCGCAGUGAUAUCGAAGGGUUUGCGUCUUCCUCUCCCGGUGCCAUUGGCCGUGUUACGCAAAACAACAACAACAAUCCCGAGGCUUCACGGCUGCGCAUUGCCCGCGCUGGGCAGCAGGGGGGGCGACACCACACGUACAGUGGUUUAGACGUGUACACGUACAGGGGGCAUUGUAGCAGGGGCACCCACAGUCACAUCUGGCCUCUACUCCUCUAUCUCUGCUGUGUGCGGCGUCUCCACCUUCUGCUACCACCACCAACAACACCACCAUCAUAAUCAUCAUCACCGCCACCACCACCAUCACCAUCAUCCUCCACCACUCAACCACGACCGGAGUAGGAGUAAGAGUCGGAGGAGGGCCCCCCCGACCCUCCCGCCUAUCCUGAGCGAGGCCCCGAUGGAGUUCGGCGCGGUGGUGGCCGAAGCGGAGGUGUGGUGCCUCAGCACCCCGUUCUCCCUCUUCGCCUCGGAGCAGGCGGACCGACGCCUCCACUUCCUCAGCGAGUCGGUGGGCGAUGCCAGGGCGCCGCUCUCCUUCUGCCUGGCGUGCCCUCAGGACGGCGAUCCCAGCGCCCCGUUCCUCGUGUGGAGCGAGAGCGAGGAGUGCCUACGCCUCCUCGGGCCGGCACAGGACUUUGCCUCAUCGUGCCGGGAGAAGACGCUCCGCGAGGUGCUCAACCGGGCCUUCCGUGCACUUAAACCGUUGUUGGGGCUUGCGGAGGAAGAGGAUGACGCCUUUGAGGAUGACGAUGACCUUCCGCCAGAAUUUGAGGACAAAGAGGCCGAACAUCCCAGUUCAGACUUGGGAGAAGACUCCGGUUGAACGCUGAACCCCGGGCGACAACACUGUUUGUGGAUAUUGACAUUUCGAUUGUGCCCAGAUGUUAUGGCACUUAAACUCUAUAUCACCUGCAUCUGCAUGACCGUCCGAGUCGUUCCGUUUCUUCGUGCAUUAUUAUUUGCACAGAAGGCCAGUAGUUUUUUUGGCCAUUGAACUGAAGUUGUGGUUUUUAGGGGGGAAAAAAGCAUAGCUUGAUUAAUUCCGAAGGUAAUUAAUGAAUUGUGGAAUGUAGUCGAUCGUGCAUGAAGAAGGGCGGAGUGGGUGUGUGUGCACGUGAAGUAAAGAAGAAUGAUCGUGCAUUGUGCUCCACAGUAUGCGGCUUUUUUGCCAAGUGCAGAGAAGCCACACCAACUGAAUUAAUGGGUUCUCACUGUUAAAAAAAAAUCAUAGUCUUCCCUAUGCAUUAAAUUGAUAAACAAUAACUACAAGCACUAGGAGCAUGAUAACCGUGUGAGGAUGCCGGGUGGCUCAAGAGGUCAGAGUGCCAAGCCAGGACUGCGGAGAUCAUUGUUUUUUUAAUCUAUCGGGCAUCCAGCCAACUUUGAUUGAACUAAGUUCUCGAGCGCAGAGAGAGAGAGUUAG